GGUCCUGGGAGUGACUGGGGCGUGGGGAAGCCUCUCCCAGAGAGCUCGGGGCGCUCCCUUUCCUCCGUGGUUCUUUGUCUUUUCUCCGCCCGAGGGAGCCUGGGACCCUGCUGGAGCCGAGAAUCUUGCAGGGUCAUUUCUUACCCCCACCCCCAGCCCGGGCUAUCCCAGGAAUGCGGUGAGGGUGACCUGGCGCUGCUCCCUGCUCGCGAAGUCUUCCUCUGCUGCUCAAACCAACCAAGAGCAGGGAGAACCCGAGGAAGCUGACCUGGGCGAAAGUCUUAGCCAGUUACGCGUGGAAUUGACCCACCCAGGAUCCCCGAAAGGUGCUCCAUUUGACCUUAUACUGGUUCCUCCAGACCAAACCCCUUCACAGUGCCAAUGUUCCAGUUGUCCCACGUUCAGAACCAUAAAAUCCUCUUCAUCUGAUGACCCAAAGCCCCAGUUGGAAAGAAAGCAGUAUGCUACAGCAGGUCAAUGGCCAAGAAACAAGCUCCCUCUCCUCUGGCAGUGACCCUCUCACAGAAGAUCUGCAGGUCUUCCUGGGGAACAAGGUCCAGUUAACUGAUCUGGAUGACCUCACGAAGGUGAACCCUGUGACUCCAGCCACAGUCCUGAGGUGUCUGCAGGAGAGGUACCAAGCGGACGUGUUCUACACCAAUGCUGGCUGCACCCUUGUGGCUCUGAACCCCUUUAAGCCUGUCCCUUACCUCUAUUGCCCUGAGCUGAUGAGAGACUACCACUUGGCACCACAACUCCAGAAAUUGAAGCCUCAUAUCUUCACUGUGGGUGAGCAGACCUACAGGAAUGUCAAGAGCUUGCUGGAGCCUGUCGACCAGUCCAUCAUUGUUAGUGGGGAGAGCGGAGCAGGGAAGACCUGGACAUCCCGGUGCUUGAUGAAGUUCUAUGCCACAGUGGCCAAUGCCUCUGCCUCUCAGGAGAGCCAUGACAGAGUGGAGAGAAUCGAGAAGAGAGUCCUGGAUUCUAAUCCCGUCAUGGAGGCUUUUGGGAAUGCUUGUACGCUCCGCAAUAACAACAGCAGCCGUUUUGGGAAGUACAUCCAGCUCCAGCUGAACAGGGCUCAGCAGAUGACGGGGGCCUCUGUCCAGACGUACCUCCUGGAGAAAACUCGAAUUGCCUACCAGGCCCCACUGGAGAGGAAUUUUCAUAUCUUCUAUCAGAUUACCAAAGGAGCCAGUUCCAGUGAAAGGCUAGAGUGGCACCUGCCUGAGGGAGCAGCUUUCCAUUGGCUGCCCAAUCCUGAGAGGACCUUGGAAGAGGAUUGCUUUGAAGUGACAAGAGAUGCAAUGCUCCACCUGGGUAUCAACCACGCUACACAGAAUAACAUCUUUAAGGUCUUGUCAGGGUUGCUGCACCUCGGUAAUAUCCACUUUGAGGAUCCAGAGGAUGAAUCCCAGGUUUGCCAGCCACAGGAAGAUGCUAAAUGUUUUGUAAUGACGACGGCCUCUCUGUUGCGGAUCCCCGAGGAGGAGCUGAUGGAGACACUGCAAGUGCGAAUGAUCACAGCUGGGAAGCAGCGGCAGGUCUUCAGGAAGCCCUGCUCCCGGGCUGAAUGUGAGACCAGGAGGGACUGUCUGGCCAAGGUCACCUAUGCCCGGUUAUUUGACUGGUUGGUGUCAGUCAUCAAUGGGAGCAUCUGUGCAGAGCCCUCCACCUGGACUUCCUUCAUUGGGCUGCUGGAUGUAUACGGGUUUGAAUGUUUCCCCAACAACAACCUGGAGCAGCUGUGCAUUAACUAUGCCAAUGAGAAGCUGCAGCAGCACUUUGUGGCUCACUACCUGAGGGCCCAGCAAGAGGAAUAUGCUGCUGAGGGCCUGGAGUGGUCCUUCAUCAGCUACCAGGACAAUCAGAGUUGUCUGGACCUGAUUGAAGGGAGCCCGGUCAGCAUCUGUUCCCUCAUCAAUGAGGAGUGUCGCCUCAAUCGGCUGUCCAAGGCCGGCCAGCUCCAGACCCGUAUUGAGAACACUCUGUCCGGCAAUGCCAGCCUGAGCCACAACAAGCUCAGCAAGGACCCCAACUUUGUCAUCGCCCACUAUGCGGGCCCUGUGCAGUAUCAGAUCGAGGGCAUGGUGGAGAAAAACAAGGAUCCAGUUCCCCCAGAACUGACUCGGCUCCUGCAGCAUUCCCAGGACUUUCUGCUCCAGAAACUGUUUCCUUCCCAAGAAAAGGAACCAAAUGACCUUUCAGGCCAGAGCAGAGCCCCUGUGGUUACCGUGGUCUCCAAGUUCAAGAGCUCCCUGGAUCAGCUCAUGCAGAUCCUGCACAGCACCACACCCCAUUACAUUCGCUGUAUCAAGCCCAACAGCCAAGGCCGCGCCCAGAAGUUCCAGGCAAAAGAGGUCCUGAGCCAACUUGAAGCCUGUGGCAUAGUGGAGACUGUUCACAUCAGUGCUGCUGGCUUUCCCAUCAGGGUCUCUUUUCAAAGCUUCCUCGAGAGGUACAACCUGCUGAGAAAGUCCCAGCCCAGCCCCUCUUCCAGAAUGCCCAGCUCUUCCCCCACAGAGGAGCACCCAGGACAGCGGCUGGGCCCUGAGGAGGAUGCCCCACUUCGAUCCCUUGUCAGGGACAUUCUUCUGACGCUGCCCCCAACAGCUCAGACAGCAGGUGCUCCCAGAGACCGCCCAGAGGGCAGGCUGCCUCCCAGCCCCAUUCACUGUGGCAGAACCAAGGUUUUCCUUACUGACUCUAUGCUGGAGCUGCUAGAAUACCGUCGUGUGCAGACCCUGAAUAAGUGUGCUCGAUGCAUCCAGUUCUGUUGGCGAAGGCACCAGCAUAGAAAGCUGGAGAAGCAGAGACGGGCAGCCACUCUUCUACAAGCAGCUACUCGCUCCUGGCUGACACGGAAACGGAUCCAAAGGCUGCAUGCUGCUGCAACCAGCAUCAAGCGUGCCUGGAAGAAAUGGAGGGCCAAAAUGGAUUCCCUGGUAUCCAUAGAACUAGAUGAUGUGGAAGAAAACUGCUUCACCAAAGUGCCUUGCCCGCCACUCUCCACCACACCACCAUGGCCCCCACGUGCAACAAUCCAGCUCUGGCCUCUAGGACUCGUGCUGUCAAACGCACCUAUGGGUAUAAUCAGGAUGCGGAGGAACCUGUCCCUGCAGGCUUGUCUGCAAAUUCCUUGUCACGGCAGCACCCACAAGGUGGAGGCCACCCAGCAUGACCAGGCUGGCAUCACCUCCAUCAGAGCACUGCCUCAGGGCUCCAUCAGGUUUCACUGCAAGAAGUCCCCCUUGCUGUACGCCAACAUCAGCCCUGAGCCCCAGAACGACGACAUCACUGGCUUUAAUCAGAUCCUGCUGGACAGACAGAGACUGAUCCCAGUGUGACGCUCUUCUUGCCCUUAGCUCCUGCCCACCCUCUGGGGUGGGUCGAGUCUUCAUACACUGCACUUUUGUCUCCUCCAGGACUGGACCUCCAGAUGCCUUUGUGAAGCACAGUAUUCCUUCCAGACACCCAGUUACCCUCCCCCAGGGACCUCAAUUGUACCUGAGAGACUGAACCUCCCCCUGAGCCCAGCUUUUAGAAACACUGAUUCUGAGCGAGUUAGCAGCCCUGGUGGGGAUGAGGCCUGGGGCACUUUGGCCUUCAGGCUCAUGCUCCCCAGGCACAGUGCAGCUCCUUCAGGUAGGAAGGGGAAAGGGUCAGUGCAGAUUUUUAACAGUGGGAUUCAGAAGAACGAGGGCUCUCCCCACCUCCUUAAAUAACUAUGUGUCUAUACUCUAUUCUUUUAUUCCUGUUGAGUCAAGUUAGAACUUGGCCACUCAGCUCUUUGGAUAGUGCUGGGUGAAGGCAGUGGGAAUUUGGCCGAAAGGCACAGACUCAUUACUUGAUAAAGUCUAUAUAAUAGUCUUACGCUGUCACUCUUUAAAGUUACUUCAAAUGAUUAUACCAAAGAUGAUGAUCUGGGGAAAAUGAAAAGAGCUUGCACUGAAAUCAAUAACUCCCAAUUUUAUUUAAAUGUCAUUACUAGUCCCAUCUAGGAACAAGCUCAGCUAAGCUGAUGAUGUAUAGGAGAGGGAAAUCUUGCCAAACAAACCCCCCUCCUCGGCUUGUGAUGUGCACCAACAAAAAAUAAAACGUUUAAAAGAGCCA